AUGCUCUUUUCCACUUUAGCCUUGAGUGCCUUAUGGACAAUUGGCGCGGCGGCCUCUUCGCAACAAGACUACCAUCAACCAACUUCCAAAGGCUUUCGUAUGCAACAUGGCUUUGAGACUGUAUUAGUCCAGCCCUUUGGAUAUGACGGUUUCCGCGUGCGCGCCUGGCCUUUCCGCCCUCCAACCGGUCAAGAAAUAGGAUUCGUGUAUGACCCGCCACUUGAAGGCCCAGAAGAUGGUCAGGCUCAUGGCAUGACUUUCGACACCGCUUUCACUGGGAAUCAGUCGGAAGAGCUACGUAAUGGUAAUAUGAUUGUCCGUACUUCCGGCUGGGGUGGUAAUUCGGGAGGAUAUCGUCUCGCCUUUUAUCGUGUGGAAAGCAAUGGCACAGAAACCCUUCUUACCAACGAGUAUGCACCACUUAAGUCGAUCAACCCUCGAUACUACUCAUGGACCGGCCCGGGAAGCGAAUUUGCUGCCGAGUUCUCAUUCAGCACGACGCCCGAUGAGCAAAUAUACGGAACUGGCACCCAGCAAGAUCAUCAAGUCAACAAGAAGGGCUCAACAAUCGAUCUGAUCAACUUUAACACUCACAUUCCCACCCCCGUGUUCAUGAGCAACAAGGGCUAUGGAUUCAUUUGGAACAUGCCCUCGACAGGUCGCAUGGAAUUCUCUACCUUGAGAAAUCGAUUUACCUCCGACGCUGCUAACGUUGUCGACUAUUUUGUUGUCAGCUCGACUCCUGGAGAUUAUGAUACGCUACAACAACGCCUGUCGGCGCUCACCGGUCGUGCCCCUGUUCCUCCAGACUGGUCCCUCGGCUAUAUCCAGUCAAAGCUCCGAUAUGAAAAUCAAUCGGAGGUUGUCUUACUGGCUGAGGAAUUUAACAAGCGAGACAUUCCUGUGUCCAUAAUUGUCAUUGAUUAUCAGUCGUGGGCUCACCAAGGAGACUGGGCUCUGGAUCCCCGCCUAUGGGAUAAUGUCGCUGAGAUGGCAGCCCAGGUAAAGAACCUCACAAAUGCGGAGAUGAUGGCAUCUCUAUGGCCCAGCGUCGCGGAUAACAGUGUGAAUUACCUUGAGAUGAUGGCCCAGGGGUACCUCUCUGCCACGCGGUCUGGACCUGGAACAACUGACUCGUGGAAUGGGUCUUACAUCCGCAACUAUGACUCCACGAAUCCCAAAGCUCGACAGUUUCUGUGGGAUACGCUGAAGCGCAACUACUUUGACAAGGGAAUCAAGAAUUUCUGGAUUGACCAGGCUGAUGGAGGAGCGCUGGGCGAGGCCUACGAAAAUAAUGGGCAGAGUACAUACAUCCAGUCGGUUCCCUUCCCGUUGCCCGAUGUCAAUUAUGCUGCCGGUACUCAGCGAAGCGUCGGUAAGCUCUAUCCCUGGGCACAUCAGCAAGCGAUCGAAGAGGGAUUCCGAAACGCCACGUCUAGCGAGAUGGGCAGUGCGUGUGACCAAGUCUCUCUAAGCCGCUCGGGCUACAUUGGGUCCCAGCGGUUCUGCAGCAUGAUCUGGUCUGGUGACACCACUGCAGUCUGGGAGACACUCAGUGCCCAAGUUGCGAGUGGUCUUUCCGCUGCUGCAACUGGCUGGGGCUGGUGGACUGUGGAUGCGGGUGGCUUUCAGGCCGACCCGACCGUUUCCUGGUCUGCGAACAUCGACACGCCUCAAUAUCGGGAACUCUACCUCCGUUGGUUGCAGUGGACAACAUUCCUACCAUUCAUGAGAACUCAUGGAUCGCGAGCCUGCUAUGUCCAGAACGCGUAUACCUGCGCCAAUGAGCCAUGGUCAUAUGGGGAACAGAACACACCCAUCAUCGUCUCGUACAUUAACCUUCGAUACCAACUAGCUGCUUACAUCCAGGCAGUGUUUGCCCAAUUCCACCGCACCGGUCGUAUGAUCAUGCGCCCUCUGUACAUGGAUUUCCAGUCCUCGGACUCGCGCAUUGCCAAGUUGACACAGAUGAACAGCAAUGUCACUACGCAGCAGUACAUGUUUGGUCCACGCCUGCUGGUGACCCCAGUUACUCUCCCAAAUGUCACCGAAUGGUCUGUCUAUCUUCCACAGGUGGCCAGUAACGCAACUGCACGACCUUGGACUCAUUGGUGGACGAACCAGACCUACGCUGGUGGCCAGACUGUGACAGUCCCAGCUCCCGUUGAACAUAUCCCCGUCUUCCAUCUCGGCUCCCGGGCCGAUGUUCUGAAUGGAAAGGUGUUCUAA